AUGCCGUUUGUACCUAAUCUUGAACAUUUUGAACUUCGUCUUCAUAGUGUUUACAGUACAGUUUCAUGUUUCAAGUUUGAAUUCUUGCAAGAACAGCAAUGGCCAACAAAAGUUAAAUUAUUACGACUUAUCGCUUAUGAUCAGUUCAUGGAUACACAUUGUUUCUGCGCCUUUGUUAAAAGUUUGGAAAUCGAUCGUCGUCAUGCAUUUGACCGUUGGACAAGAAAUCAAGUCGUUUCAAUACAUCAUUUGCAUCAAUAUCUUACACGAUUUACAAUACCAUUCUCUUUCGAUCGACUUGAGCAUGUAACUAAUGAUUUUGUUGACUAUCACUGCAAUUAUCCUCAAUCCAAUGUCAUUUUAUCUCUUCCAUCAAUUCUCAUGAUUAGUUUUCGUUCUAACGAUAAAUUAAAUCUUGCUCUAUUCACGUUUAUACGGCAGACAUGUCCUUCUCUACGUCAUCUUCGUUUUAAAUGGGACUGUAAAUUAAGUGAUGAUCUUAUUCAGAACACACAAUUAACGUUACCAACAGUUACAGAACUUUAUCUUGGCGAUGUUACAUCUAUCGAUUUUCCUACUCUAAAUCGUAUUCUCACUCUGACAUCUAAUCUGAAACAUUUAACUGCUCGACGAAGUCAUAUUACUGUCAUCAAUACCGUGAACAACAAUGAUAAUAUUCUCGGACGUAUACCUAAAGUAACAAUAGUCGAAUAUAAUUCACAGAUGAACAACAUUUAG